CAUGGCUGAUUCAAGCUCAGGAAUUAUUAAUGCUAUAGAUAAGGAAAGCGUUCAUAAAAUCUGCUCAGGUCAAGUUAUUACAACACUUUCGACUGCUGUCAAAGAGUUGAUUGAAAAUAGUAUUGACGCAGGAGCAACAAUAAUAGAUGUUAAGUUCAAAGAUAAGGGUUUAAAAAGUUUCUCAGUAAUGGAUAACGGGGAUGGCAUAGAAGAAGAGAAUUUCGAUAGUAUUGCUCUAAAACAUCAUACCUCGAAAAUAAGUAAAUUUUCGGACCUAACCAGCGUCGAUACCUUUGGAUUCAGGGGAGAAGCUUUAAGUUCUAUUUGUGGUGUUAGUGAUUUUUCAAUGACAACAAGACAUAAAUCAGUAUCAAUUGGAGCUAAAAUAGAAUUUGGUAGAGAUGGUAGAAUAAAGAAAAAAACAAAAGUAUCUUGCCAAAAAGGAACAACUGUUUUAAUUGAAAAUAUAUUUACAAAUUUACCAGUUCGGAGGAAAGAAUUUGAACGAAAUAUUGCAAAGAAAGAUUUUCCUGAUACUCUAAAUAAAAUUGUUGAAUACGGCAUCAUAUUAGAUAAGAAAAUAACUGUUACAAAUACAACUGGAAAGGGUAAGACCGAUAGGUUAUUGAAUGUUAGCGGAGGCGAAGAUGUCAAAAGUAACGUUUCACAAAUAUUUGGUAUUGAACAAAUAAAGAAUAUUAUACCCUUCAUUCAAAAACCACCUUCUGAUGAAGUUCUUGAGGAGUAUGGUAUAAAAAAUGAAAAGGAUCAUUCCGAUUUUAUCAUAAACGGUUAUAUUUCGUCACCUGAUCAUGGUAAGGGACGUAGUUCACCAGAUAGACAAUUUUUUUAUGUUAAUAAUCGACCUUGCGAUAUGAAAAAACUUUCCAAAUUGGUUAAUGAGAUAUAUCAUACGUUCAAUAAACAGCAAUAUCCCUUUCUAGUUCUAAAUAUAAGACUUUCUAAAGAUUCUGUUGACAUCAAUGUUACUCCCGAUAAGAGACAAUUGAUGCUUAACAAUGAAAAAUAUUUACUAUCUAUCGUCAAGACUUCGUUGCUUGAAUUUUUGACACCGAGAUCAUCAAUCUACACUCUACGGAGUAAUCCAUCAACUCCUCGAUUUUCUAGUACUCCCAGGCACAGAUCACAGUCAAAACCACUGUUAGAAAGUUUAUCGAACUCUCCCAUACUACCUUCUAAUAGUCAAUCUAGAACACCUUCGUCUAAUUCUUUUGCCAAAAUACUCCAGACAAGUCUAGCUAAGGCGUCGAAGCAACAACCGAACAUUACAAGUUUCCUAAGAGCGUUAUCUUCAGAUGAAGAAAGUGAGGAAUUACUUCCGAAGAAGAGAAGAAUUGAAGAUCCAGAAGGUUGUAACGACAAAGAAUCAAAAAUCAAUAACAAAGUAGAGGAAAGUGUUAAAAAAGAUAAAUCGCCCGAGGUCAGUAAGAAAAUUGAGGGCAAUGAUGUUCACAUGGAGUCUGCAGAUAAAAAAGAUAAGGCACCCUUUGUUGAAAAGAAUGUAGAAAUGGUUGUAAGCACGAAACAACCCGAACCAAAAAAGACGACAACCGAGCAAAAGCAAAAAGAAAUAGUCAAAUUAAGCAACUCUGAAACCAGCACCACUAAACCAACUAAUUUACUCUUGACUCACGAUGAAGUGAAACAGCAACAACAACCAGAAAAAGUGCCAUCUAAACCUCCAAAAACAAUGUCAGAUAUUUGUCAAAGUUUUACCAAAAGUCUAACGAAAAAUAAUAAGAAAAGCCCUAAACAAAGCCCAAAAGAAAAAGAGAAAGAUUCAUCAAUUAAAACCCCUUCGCCUACACUAACAAAAACAAAAAAGAAAACUAAAAGUAGUCCUCGAGAUAGCACAGUUUUAGAUACCAGUCUCGAUGUAUGUAAAAAUCUACGAGUUCAAGUUCCGUGUCAUUUCAGUAUGAAUCUCUUAAAAGAAUCUUUUAAAAAUAGAGAGGAAAUAAGAAACAGAUCGAAUAAAUGGGAUAAAAAUUUUUCAAGUAGUAUUAGUCCACAAUCGAAUCAACAAGCUGAAGAAGAAUUAAGAAGAGAGAUAAAAAAAGAAAACUUUCAAGAGAUGAAAGUCCUUGGACAAUUCAAUUUAGGAUUUAUUAUUACAGAAUUAAAUCGAGAUUUAUUCAUAGUUGAUCAACAUGCUAGUGAUGAAAAAUAUAAUUUUGAAAGACUUCAGGCCACAACAAUUCUUGAAUCGCAACCGCUGAUUAUACCCCAACAUCUAAAAUUAACGCCAGUUAAUGAAAGUAUUUUGUUAGAAAACAUAAGAAUAUUUGAAAGUAACGGUUUUAGAUUUGAAGUUGAUGAAUAUGAACAACCCGGUUGCCAAACUAAAUUGAUUAAUUGUCCAACGUCUAAAAAUUGGGAAUUUGGCAAAGAAGACAUAGAAGAAUUGAUUUACAUAUUGGCUGAUUCACCGGGUGUUAUGUGUAGACCUUCCAGAAUUCGUAAGAUGUUAGCGUCUAGAGCUUGUAGAUCAUCAAUUAUGAUUGGAAGGGCCUUGUCAAUGGCAAAAAUGAGAAAGCUUAUUGAUAAUAUGGGAAAAAUUGAUCAACCCUGGAAUUGUCCUCAUGGCCGUCCAACAAUGAGACACUUGAUUAACUUGGAUAGUGUUUGCCAAAUUCAAGCUGCUAAUUCCCAAAUUUCUAGAACGCUUCGUGGAAAUGCAAUAGUUGAUGUUAAUGAGACUAAGAAGGUUAGAAAUAGGAGACUGGCAAAUCCUUUUAAAACUCUAUUCUCUUGGUAUAAUAAUCUAGAACCUGAUACCAUAAUUAUUCAAGAGGCAAAGAAUCCAGUUGAAAGUUAUUUACAGGCGGCUAUGCUUCAUCAACCGCCUCCACAAUCGGAAAACGCUGGAAAUAUUUCAAGUUCAACUGUUACCAGUAGUACAACUACGCCUUCUGAUUCUUCAACAACAACAACAACAACAACAACAUUGCUUAAGAAGAAGAAAAAGAAAAAGAAAAUGAUUAAAAAGGAAGAUGAGAAGUGUAAGAGAAAAAAGAAACAUUAUUCAACAACCGAUGAUUCUAGUUGA